UAGAUACUUAUAUAAUUAAUGUCUUUGCGAAAACCAAAGCAUGAUAACUUUAGCAAACUAGGUUUUAAAAUUGAUAGGUUGAAUUAAACUCGUAAUUAAAAAAAUAUACAAACCAUCAUAAAUUGUAUUAAUAAACAGGAAUAGGAUUACAAAUUAACUGAUUUUGAUAUUUUUCUCUACCAUAUUUAUUCUAAACCUAUAUCAUCAUGUCUAAAAUAGCCAGAGUAAAGCGUUGAUAAAAAUUCGCCUUUGUCUUUACAAGAACAGAAUAUUGUUUAUGAAUAAAUGAAUUAAUACUUGGCUCAUUUAAAGGAACUAAGAUAGGAGUUUUAAAAUGACAAUAAUCACUCUUUUAGAACAAGAAUUCGAAGAUUUUCAGAAGUUUCAGAUGAUAUAAAUUCUGACACCAAUAGUGUUAACUAGAUUUAAAAUUUUUAAAAGAAAUUCAAAUAACAACUUGAUAGCAAACUAUAAAAUUUUGUUUAUGAAAGUAAUAAGUCUUUAAGCCACAGUUAAAAGUUUAAAAAUAAUUUUUCAUUAGAGCACAAAGAUGAUUUUAGUUCUAAAAAAAGCUAUCUUGAUAAAAAUAGUACUUAAAAAAUAGUAAAGAAUCGCUCAAAAACUUAAUAAGAAGAAGCUUAAUAUUCAGAUGAUUAAUCAGAAAUGAGUUCAUAUAGAUAAGGCUUUUCUAAGAAUUAAGGAUUAGAUUCUUUGAGAUUUAAAAAAAAUUAGUAAAACUAAAAAUAAAUGAAUUUUUUUUAUGGUACAAAAACAGAUCUAUAAAAAGCAUCUAAAGAAGAAAAGGCCUUAAUGGAAGAUAUAGAAUAACUCAAAAAUAAGAAUUAAAAUAAAUUAAUAUAAAUAGAACAAUAAAAUGAACAGAAGCAGAUCUAUUCUCCCUCACCAAUUAUGAUAAACAAAGGAAAGUAGUAUAACAAAAUUAUUGAAAAUAUGAAUAACUUGUAAUAUUACAAUAAAAUCAUACCUCAGAAUGCUUCAUUAACAAGAAGUAACAUAACCACAAACUAAAUACUAAGAGAUGCUAUUAAAAAGUAGAAUUUAAGAUUAAAAAGGUAGGUAUUUUAAAAAGUUCCUUAGACAAAUACAAGUAAAAGUGCUUAGUUUGAUAAUGAUAAAGCAAACAAAAAAUGUGAAUCAGUUGAAAAUGGUUAUCAAAAAUCUGUUAAUCAAGAUUCUAAUUCUUUAAACUAAUCUUCUAUAGAUGCUAAUAUGUAGUCUCCUAGUAAUAAAUAUACCAUUAAAGAAAAAGCAUCAUAAAUACUUAGUGAUUUUAAUGUAAAGCUUUUGUAAAUGGACUAUUAGCUUAAAAAAUCUAGAGCAUUUAUAAACUAAGAAGAAGAUAGUGAUUUAGAAGAUACACAAACAUUUUAGAAAAGACUUAAAAUGGAACAAGAUAAAAUUGACUCUAUGCAGAAAGAAAAAUAUGCCAAAUAUUUAAGUGAGUAGCAUAUGCAUAACAGUGAUGAUGAAGAAUAAGGAGGAUUGUCACCUCAAAAUGGUAACAAAAGUAAACUAGAAAUGAUGAAAAUAUAAAAGCAAAAUAUAAACUCUGCUUUAUUUGAUGCAAGACAAUAGAAGUGCAGAUCUUAAUCACCGUUAAAAAACGAAAUAUUCAAAAUCUUUAACUAGAGUUUAUCAAAUUCUAUUUCAGGAUCUUAGAUCAUGCUUCUAAAUUAAAAAGCAAAUAACUAAAAACAAAGUAAUUAGUAGAUUAAUAUUUCUGAAGUCAACAAUCCCAAUAAAAAUAACAAUAGUUUUUGCAUAUAGUCUCCAAAUAACAAUCGAAAUAGCUCUUUCUUGAUUAAUUAAGAAAGUUAAAAUAACUAAAACUAAGAAUAAAUAACAGAUAAUAAUUAAAUUUUUGCUUAAACACCUAAAUAAAUCAAAAAUAUUUAGGAAUCGCCAAAAUAAAUAUUUUUGAAAAAAAUAAAUAUAUAACAAUCAAGUAAUACCCCACAGAAUUAAUACAAUCACAAAAAUUCUUUUAUAUUAUCUAAUUUACCAAAUACAUUUAAGAGUAUCAAAUCUAAUCAAAUCCCUACUCCUUUAAUAAAAAAUGAUAUUUAACACCCAACAAAAACUGGGGAUAAUUAUACGAUGAUGAAUAAAGAAAUUAAAUUUACACAAGUUCUAGGAUUUGAUUAAAACAGAUCAGGUACACCUUACUCUCAAUCGAAGCCAACAAACUGUGGGAAAUAUUUUUAAUUAAAUUUAUAUGAUUCUCCAAUCAAAAAAAAAAUAUCUACCCAACACAAUCUAUUUGAUUAAAAUGGUAACAAAAUAUAACAUGAGGCUUUAAAUUUUUCAAGCUAGUAUGAAAUGAUCAAACCGCUUGCUUUCUCAGAAAAAAAAGUUAGAAGCACAUCUUUAAGUCCAGCACUAAAAUUCAAUUCCCAAUAAAAAAAUAAUAAUAAUCAAUUUAAUAUUUAAGUCAACGAAAAUUUCCCAAGGCUGAACUCAAUUUAAAGUGAAGAAAAAUUAAAUUAGUCUAUUUUUUCGGAAAGCAUUGAAAAAAAUAGCUCUACGCCAUAGAACUAAAAAAAAUAUGAUGAAAAAUAAGUGAAAGUUUUAGAAGAUAAGAAAAAAGCACUCCCAAAAAUAAACAUGGUGAAGUAUAAAAAUGAGACCUCUCUGCUAAAUAAGAUGGAAGACAUGCACGCUUAGUCUAAAUAAAUUAAAAAGCAAUUUUUAAAGAUUUCUAAGCAAUUUUAAGAAUAGUUUAGCAGCAAGAAAACAGAUAUAGAUGAAAAUGAGAAUAGUACUUAGCUAUAAACUGAUUAAUAAGAGUAAUUAUAAAGCUAAGUUAAAAUCAAUAAUAGUAGAAAUAAUAAAAACAAAAAUAAUUUAUCUAUUGCAAAGGACUCAAUAAAUCUUAACUUCUAUCUGGAAAUUCAAGAAUAAAUAAUUUAAGAGAAAAAAAAGCGCAGCUAUGAAUCAUAGGUAAAAAACAUUUAAGCAUAUCAUCUAUAUCAUCUGUAUGAAAAUUGUAAAACGCCUCAUAUUUGA